GUCUUCAUGCUAUAUAUUAUUCAUUAUUUCAUCGUCCCAAUGAACUAAUGAGACAACAAAUGUAAACGGAAGGUAAGCAAGAAGUUUCCGUUUUGAAUUGGAAGAUGGGCUCAUCGGAAGCACGAUCGCCGGUGCCGUUGUCGGAGGCGAGGUCUCCGAUGCCGUUGCUGUACCGGCGACGUUCCAGCGGCGAAAUAAGGAAUUUGGCCUCAGUUUCCAGCAGUCUCUUGCCGGCUUUUGGUACUGUAAUGGGUGAAGGAUCUGCUCAGCUCAGAGGAUUUGUCAUUGCUCCAUAUGAUCGUAGAUACAGGAUGUGGCAAGUAUUUCUAGUGAUCUUAGUGGUGUACUCAGCGUGGUCAUCCCCAUUCGAGCUCGCAUUUAGAAAGGUGGCAACCGGGUCUCUUCAACCUGUUGACUUGGUGGUGGAUGCUUUCUUUGGCAUUGAUAUUAUCCUCACUUUCUUUGUAGCUUACUUGGACAAAUCUACCUAUUUGCUUGUGGAUGAUCAUAAGAAAAUUGCUUUGAGGUAUGUCACACAUCUGGGUUUCCCAAUGGAUAUAGCUUCAACUCUUCCCUUCCAAACAAUAUAUCUCAUAAUCACCGGCAAAACUCGCCGUGGUGUGGUGUUCGGCUUUCUCAACUUGCUUCGGCUGUGGCGGCUCCGCCGCGUCAGUGCCUUCUUCUCAAGGCUAGAGAAGGACACCCGCUUCAGCUACUUCUGGACUAGAACCUUUAAGCUAAUAUGCGUGACUUUAUUCGCGGUCCACUCGGCAGGGUGCUUCUACUUCUGGCUUGCAACUCACUACCAUGAUUCAGACAGGACAUGGAUAGGAUCUAAGGUUCCAAAUUUUAAGGAUAGAAGUUUAUGGCUUGGUUACACUUACUCUACCUACUGGUCCAUUGUCACUCUAGCUACAGUUGGCUAUGGAGAUCUAUAUGCAGUGAAUACUGGAGAGAAGAUCUUCACCAUCUUCUACAUGCUCUUCAACAUUGGCCUCACAGCUUACUUGAUUGGAAACAUGACUAAUCUCAUUGUCCACAGUGCAGUGAGAACUUUCACCAUGAGAGAUGCGAUCAAUAAUACACUGCGAUACGCGAGCAAGAACCGACUUCCAGAAGGUUUGAAAGAGCAAAUGGUGGCUCAUGUGACACUGAAAUUUAAGACAGCAGAGUUGCAGCAACAAGUGCUGGAAGAUCUGCCCAAGGCUAUAAGAUCUGCCAUUGCUCAGCACCUGUUUUGUUCAACUAUUGAAAACACUUACCUCUUCAAGGGUGUCUCUGAGGACUUCAUCCUUCAGUUGGUAUGUGAACUAAAAGCAGAAUACUUUCCACCCAAAGUUGACAUCAUUAUCCAGAAUGAAAUACCAACAGAUUUCUAUGUCAUUGUAUCUGGUGAAGUGGAUGUUUUAGCAUACAUAAAUGGGACAGAACAGUUCCUGUCAAAACUGGGAGCUACACAAAUGGCUGGGGAAGUGGGUGUGAUCUUUAAUAUCCCACAGCCAUUCACAGUGAGAAGCAGGAGGCUUUCUCAGGUCAUCCGUAUCAGCCAUCACCAUUUCAAGCAAUUGCUGCAGCCCCUCACUGAAGAUGGCAAGAAAGUUCUUUCCAAUUUUUGUCAGCAUUUGAAGGGACUAAAAAAGGAGGAAUUGGAUGAGAUACCAAUUGUAACAGACUUGCUCGGUGACCCGAACGAAAACGAGGUUAGUGCAGAAGCUGAGGGACCAGAAAGCAAUAAUGGAGGACAGAACCAACAAGAAAACAUUGCAGGAAACCACACAACAUUUGCAUCGCCAUCAGGAACGAUGGUUCUGACACGAGUGAUAAUACAUGGGCAUCAUCCAAAUGAUGAUGAACUUAAAGAUGGAAGUAGAGGCAAGCUGAUCCACCUUCCUAAUUCAAUUCAAGAGCUUUUGAGUAUAGCAGAAAACAGGUUUGGGAAGAGAGGAAGUAAAGUUUUUAUGGGCAAUGGCUCUGAGGUUGAAGAUAUUGGUGCUUUACGAGAAAAUGAUCAUUUGUAUAUUUGUUGACUACUUUUACAGUUGGUAAAAACCAUCUUACAGUACUACCAGUUGCAUAAAUUCACC